UCAGUGUUCUGGAAGAGUGGAGGUUUUAUAUAAUAAUCAAUGGGGAACCGUCUGUGAUGCUGGCUGGGAUUUAACAGAAGCUGCAGUGGUGUGUAAUAGCAUGGGUUGUGGGUCUCCUAUAGCAGCAACGACCGGAGCAUUUUUUGAGCAGGGUUCAGGGCCUGUGUGGCUGGAUGAUGUGAGUUGUUCUGGGAGUGAGUCAACAGUAACACAAUGUCCAUCAAAGGAAUUAGGAACAAGCAGCUGUACCCAUGGACAAGAGGCUGGAGUCGUCUGUAACCGUGAGCUUAAAGUCCUUCACCCAAAAAUAUAAAAUCUGUCAUUAUUCAUUUGCUCUAAACAUUAUCAUUAUAAACAUGUUUGCUAAACAAAAGAGGCAUUUUGAACAAUCUUUAUGUGACUCUUUUCCAAGUACAGUGGUUUCUGACCUAAGUCUAUUGCCACAAUAUCAAAAUUUCAAAGAAAUCCAAAUGUUGUUACUGUACCUGAGUAAAGUAUUACAUUCGAUACAGAUACUAAAUUGAUAUCAUGGCAAAAACUAAAAUGAAGAGAGAAGUUCGAUUUGGAUUUGAUUUGGGAUGCACCUGUGGAAAGAGAUAAAAUUUUUUGUCUAUUUUGAUGCUGCACUGAAACAACAUAUGAGGGUCAAUAAAUAAAAACUGACAAGAACAGUUAAGCGUUUUUAAUACGGUAUCCAUUAUGUUUAUCAUGUUUAGCUCCUGUUAGGUUGGUGAAUGGUGAGAACUCAUGUUCUGGACGAGUGGAGGUUCUUCAAAAUGGAACAUGGGGAACCGUGUUUCAGGAUAUCUGGGACUCUACUGAUGCUGCAGUGGUGUGUAAGGAGGUUGGAUGUCCAACUAGUGCUGAAGCAAAGAUAUAUUCCUACUUUGGACCUGGUGAGGGAACAAUAUGGAUGGAUGAUGUUCAGUGUACAGGGGCUGAAUUGUCACUUAAAGAUUGCCCAUUUCGUGGAUGGCCAUCAUACAAAUAUUAUCAUUCAUAUGAUGUUGGAGUCAUUUGUCGAGAUGUUAGACUGGUAAAUGGAUCUAAUCUGUGUUCUGGAAGAGUGGAGGUUUUAUACAAUGAUGAAUGGGGAACCGUCUGUGAUGCUGGCUGGGAUUUAACAGAUGCUGCAGUGGUGUGUGGUAGCAUGGGUUGUGGGACUCCUAUAGAAGCAAAGGCCGGGGCUUUCUUUGGGCAGGGUUCAGGAUCCGUGUGGCUGAAUGAUGUAAAUUGUUCGGGGAAUGAGCCAACACUAACACAAUGUCCAUCAAAUGAUUUAGGAACAAGCACCUGCAGCCAUGGGGAAGAUGCUGGAGUCAUCUGUAACCCUCCUGUUAGAUUGGUGAAUAGUGAGAACUCAUGUUCUGGACAAGUGGAGGUUCUUUAUAAUGGUACAUGGGGAACAGUGUGUGCAGAUUACUGGGACUCUGCUGAUGCUACAGUGGUGUGUAAAGAGGUCGGAUGUCCGACUGGUGCUGAAGCAAAGAAAUAUUCUUACUUUGGACCUGGUGUAGGAACAAUAUGGAUGGAUAAUGUUCAUUGUACAGGGUCUGAAUUGUCACUAAAGCAAUGCAGAUUUAAUGGAUGGGCAUCACACAACUGUGAUCAUUCAGGUGAUGCUGGAGUCAUCUGUCGAGGUUAGAUAUGAUACAUUUUUUUUACUUAAGUGACUGCUUAGAAUAUUUGAUAUUGCAUAAAAACAAUCUUGCUGAAAGCAUUAAAUCUAUGCUCAAAGAACUGAAAUCCAAUCUGUUUUACUUAUCAGCGAACACUAAAUGUCACAAGCAGUCUCUGCUGUACAAAAAAAAACCCAUAAUAAAUAUGCAGAAAUAAUACAAGUAUUGUAAUAUAGUGUAAUUUAUCUUGUCUGUAUGUAGUAUGUUACAAAAGUUUAACAGCCCAGUGUUUUUUGCGGUUCAGCGCCAAAAAGGAGGCGUGUUCUGGCGCAAACCAUCCCUGAUGCUCCUGACAUCAUUGUAGCGCUUGCGGCGCAACGUCCUGGGGAGGCCAGCUGAUGAGACAAUUGUGGCUAUUUCCUCGCAUGCCUGUUUAACGGACGCUGAUUUGGGCGGGUUUCUCCCAUCCCCAAACAAAACAACUUCUCUGUCUUUGACUGCUCUUACAAGAACGUCGGUCUCCUCGGCUAUGAACCGCUCCUGGUGUGUGCCUGGUAAAUCCGUCAUAAUAAUAGCAACUCGCCAUGGAACUUGCGCACUUGCGUUUAAAGGGAAUGUUGGAUGACGUUCUGAUUGGUUUAUUUCACGUUACGCCCAAACCACACCUAUGAAUAAUGAACCUACUUCAGACCAACCCCUUAUUGAUUUGCGCCUGGCGCAAGAGUUAUUUUUCCCGCCGGGCAAAUAGCAACAGCGCCCAAGAUCCGCCCACAAAGUCACUUGCGCUUUGCACUUGCAUUUCAGAUCGUUAAAAUAGGGCGCUUACUGUUUUUGUAGGCCAUCAGACUUUAGUUGGAAUGGGCAUCAGACCCAUGGUUUUUAGAACGAUGCCUGCAGUGGACGUUC